GUGUCAGUGCAGGCAGCUAGAUGUAAACACCGAGCAGCGGCUAAAUGACGGCAGCUAACGUUAGACCUUAAAACUGGAUGGUUAUUUAAAAGAGGAAACAGGAAAGAUUAACUAUUUCCUCGCUGUAUUAUUUGUAAUUAAUUCAACAGUUUUCUGUAAUCUAGAUAUCCAGGAAAAGAUUAGUGUGCUUCAAUUUUGAGACCAAGCUAACCAGCUAGCUAGCUUAGCUUCGGUUGAUUUCUAAAUCAUGAACUCUCUGGUUGGCUACGGUGUGUCCUCUGAGUCUGACAGCGAGGGGUAUGAGGACGUAAACAACGGUGCAGUUGGGUCUGUAAAGGCGAUGGGUGGUGAAGCAUCAGCUGCCAAAAAGAGCCGCAACUUCUUGCUCGAGUCUGGUUCAGCUUCCAGUGAAUCAGAACCCGAGGAAGAGGACCCAGAGCCUUCUUUAUCACCACAUCCCCAAAAACCUGCAUCUUCUGCAGCCUGCUAUCCCACCUUACCUGUUCCUUCUCUGGGCUCCCUCACCUCCAAUAAACUCCCUCCUCCUUCUCUACAUACCUGCUCUGACAGCAGUGUGUUUACCAACCCUUUCAAGGCUCAGGCAGACCAGAAGCUCAGCGCCCUGCAGAAACACGUCCCCCUCACAAUGCAGGCCAAACCCUCCCAGAUAGGCGGCAAAAGGAUGUGUGUGUCAUACAGGAAAGAUGGAAGGUGCCGGUUUGGGAUCAAAUGCAAGUUUGCUCAUGACAGUGACCUUCAGAGUCUCACUGACUGUCAUCCACCUGUGAGUGAAGAAACACCAGAUCAAGCAGAGUCUCAUGCAGGUGGCUCAGGUGGUGGAGGAUCCCAGAACCUCCAGAAGGUGACAAAAGAGGAAGAAUCAGGAGGGCAGCAAGGGAAGAAGAGGAGGGUUGGACUGAGCAACACCUUGAUUCCUCCGAAGCGAGCUAUGAAGCAGUAUGCCAUGCAGAGGAACAGAGAGCAGAUCAAUAUGUCCUGAUAAUGGUUUUCUGAGCGGUUACUGGGCUUUCAUAAAAGCAAUAGUACUGAGAUGAAAUAUGUUCUCUCAGUGUGUAUAUGUUGUAGAAUUUGUGCACUAUCCAUUUGUAGGACCAAUUAAUGACUCAGGCAUGCAGUUACAUUAAGUAAUGGCAAGUAACAAAGUACAUUUCCAAAAUAUAAAAACUAAUAAAUUAUUAGGGGUGUAACGAUCCAUCGAUCUGGAUCUAUAUAUCGAUUCAAUCAUCCAAUAUCAAUAUCAUCAAUGCAAAGUGAAAACUUCAGUACAUCUUUUUUUAUUACAUUUUAUUAAAAAGAGAUUUUAUUUUCAUUUGUCUGGAAGCGCUUAGUAAUAAAAUGUUAAAAUUAUAUUUAGUUUUUAUGAGUUGAUAUAAAUGUAACUCGUGUUAAAUGAACAUAUCAUCUCAUAUCGAUCGCAGAAUUUAAUCAAAAAUUGUGACAAACUUCGUGAUAUAAGCUAGUAUCGUCCAAAGAAUCGAUAUAUCGUAUCCUGAUGAAACUUGUGAUUUACACCCCUAUAAGUUAUGUUACAUUAUUAUAGGUACAGCUACCCAACAGUAUAUAAGUACCUGACAUCAGCCCAAUUUUUCAGCUGCAACAUUAAAGUGAUGAACACAAUGCAUCAAUAAUUGUAAACCAGUAAUAUAUAUUAUUAUAAAUGGGCAAUUCUGCAUAACUAGUACCUUUUACUUUUGCUACUUAAAAGUAUAUUUUGAUCCUAAUACUUUGUACGUAUACCUAAUUAAAAUUGUGAAUACAGGACUCCUUAAAUAUGUUCUUAAACUGUCAGUGAAAACACUUUAGAUAAAUGUUAAGACAUUUAUUUACAUCUUAUAAAUGAAUUUUUUUAUGUGUUUGCUCUACCACACAUCCUAAAUCACAAACCAGAGGUGCAGAUUUAGUAUUGACAUACGCUUCAAGGUUUCUACAUAGCUUUGCUUAUUAAAUAAUAUUACACUUCAAAUAUCAUUGACACAAUUGAGUUUACUUGUCGAAUUCAGUGACUGUGCUUGCCGUUAUUUUAUGUGUGAUUUACAAUAUCCAAGGUCACCUUUUCGCCGCCUAUAAUGACCGAGAGCUUUUGUGAGUAGUACAUACAUUAUAUGGGUUAUUAUUCCUUCAAUAUUUACCAACAGCCAAGCUUAAACAGCUGCCAGUGAAACAGGUUGUGACACUGCCAAUAUAGCUAAAAUAUGCAUAUUCUGUGACUCUUUACAGU